CCCUGGGUGAGCCCCUGGGCCAGACAUCCAGUCCAGGGCAGCCUCCCACCGCCCACCCCCCUUGCCCCCGCCUUCCGCCCCCGCCCCCGCCCCUAUCUCCUCCUCCUAGGACUGGACCAGAGAGGCCGCUGUGGCCACUCGGGGGGAGCCUGCCCUCCCAGCUCUCACCUGUCGCCCCCAGGAGUCCACGGGGCAGCAGGGGUCCCCACCAGGCCUGGCGGGACCAGGAUGCAGCCCCCUCUCCACCCCCCCGACCCCACCCCACACCCCCACCCAUCCAAUCGCACAGUCUGACUGGAGACAGCCGGAUGCCGGCUGACCCUGGGCCCGAGGUGGGCAGUGGCUGGCCGGGCCUCCUCAUGUCCUGCCUGAAGGGCCCUCAUGUCAUCCUCAAGAUGGAGGCCGUGAAGAUCGUUCACUCCGAGAAGUUUCCUGAGUUGCAGGCAGCCGCCCCCUGUUUUCCACCUGCACCCCGGCCAGCUUCUGCUCUGGCCCCCAAGCGGGCCUGGCCCUCAGACACAGAGAUCAUCGUCAACCAGGCAUGUGGGGGGGACAUGCCUGUCUUGGAAGGGGCACCCCGUACUCCACCCCUGCCUCGGCGUCCCCGCAAGGGCAGCGCAGAGCUGGGCUUCCCCAGAGUGGCACCUUCCGACGAGGUCAUCGUGAACCAGUAUGUGAUUCGGCCUGGCUCAGCGACAUCGGCUGGCCCCUCAGUGGCAGCCCCCGCUGCAGGCGAGCCCCUGGAGUGCCCCACAUGUGGGCACACGUACAAUGUCACCCAGCGGCGGCCUCGCGUGUUGUCCUGCCUGCACUCAGUGUGUGAGCAGUGCCUGCAGAUUCUCUAUGAGUCCUGCCCUAAGUACAAGUUCAUCUCUUGUCCCACCUGCCGACGCGAGACUGUGCUCUUCACUGACUACGGCCUGGCUGCGCUGGCUGUCAACACAUCUAUCUUGAGCCGCCUGCCCCCUGAGGCACUCACUGCCCCAUCCGGGGGUCAGUGGGGGGGUGAGCCUGAGGGCAGCUGCUACCAGACCUUCCGGCAGUACUGCGGGGCCGCGUGCACCUGCCAUGUGCGGAAUCCACUGUCAGCCUGCUCCAUCAUGUAGCACCCACUGCCUGCCCAACACCGCCCUCCAGUUUUCACUCUCACUGCUUCAGGGACCUACCCUGCCCUGUUGCCUGCUGACCCCUUACUCACCACAGCUUCUGGCCCUCACCCAUGUGGCAUUGUCGCUGCAGCCAGCUCUGCCAUUAAAACUCUUUGCCAAAGUU